CGGGCGCGGCGCUGGCGGCGGCCGGAGGAGGAGGAGGAGGAGGGUCGUCGCCGCCGCCGCUACCGGCGGGUGCUGCCGGGGAGCUCCGGUAAGAAGGCGCCGUGUGUCUUUCAAAGUUAAUUACGGGGGGAUUUUAUGUGUCGGGAACCGGCAGCGGCUGGCAGGCUGCAGGCGCCGGAGGCAGCGCACACACCUGCCUGCAGCCCGGCUGGCGGGGGGGGUGCCCCCCUGUCGCAGCCGCAGAACUGCUCUGGAGCAGCAACAGUUACACCAACUUAACGUCUGGUUUGGUAACAGGAACCGGGUUUGCUGUGAGGUUGGCUGAAGUCUCUCCUGCUUUUUUUUUUUUUUUUUUCCCCCUCUCAGUAAAUUGCUAAAAAUGUACGUGUUAGUCUGUAGCUGUGUUUAAUUUUCCAAGUGCACUUAACUCAUUUCUUUAGUAUGGAAAGAGGCUCUUUUUCCUUCUGAAGCAACAAAAAGUAACAGAACAGCAAGCAUUUGUCAGAAAAAAAAAAAAAAAAACCCAAAAAAACAAAGUUUGUUUUUCUGGGUUUCUUUUUUUUUUUUUUUCUUUUUUCCUCGAGGAGAGACAGUAACAGCUUCUCUCUCAUUAAGGGGUGAAUAGACCUACUAAUAUUAGAGUAAGGCUUGUGGAAGUAGACUGUAAGGGAAACUUCCCUUGAGGUUAACUCAUCCACUGUGUCCCACCUGAGGAUUUGCUCCAUUGAACACCCGCUGACUUGCUUCAGAGAUCUAGUCCAUAAACCAGCCUGUUUUAUUUUGGGUUAGGCAAAUUGCCUUAAGAGUAACAUUUUAAAACAAAUAAACUUCCUUAAUAAUAAGCUUUUUGUGUUUGAUAGCCUGAGAGAGAAACAGCUGAGGGGUAGAUGUGGUAGAUAAGCUUGCGACUGGAAUGGAGGCAGUGAACAGGAAAGAGCUGCUUGCUCUGUUUCAGACCAAGAACACUCAACAGUUGAGUGAUGCUGGAAGGUAAAAGAUUGAAAUCAAGCUAGAGAAAGUGUUUUUUACACAACACUUAGGUCAGCUGUAGCGUGUUUUUUGUCCAGCUCCCACUCUACUGGAUAUCAGAAAACUUAUAUGGGUUCAAGACCAACAGCAUGGAAGAAAUCGAAAUUUCCUAAGUAGAAAGUUGUAACCCCUGUCUUUGGAAGUUGCUGAGCUGUAAGGAAACGGAAACUCAAAGAACAUGUGAAGAUGUCAGAGAGUACUUGUACCUUCUGCUCUUUCUCCUCUUUCCAGGCAUCCACUUAUGGGUACUCUGAGACAACAUCCUGGGCUGGAUGGUCCCUAUGGAUGUGAAGUGCCUGUUCUUCCAUGCAUAUAGGUGUUCUGAGAUGGUCAUAGAAAGGGAGUCUGUCUUCUGCCCAUGACCAUAAUGGCAAUAAUGUUGUCCCGGCUGCUUUUGUACAUCCGACUUCAUACGCGCUUGAAACACUGAUAGAGGUGGAGGCUGUGGGCACUGUCAGGAUGGAGCAGACACCAGGACUUUGUUCAACCUCUGAGCCGGCCGUGCUUGGGUCGAUCUUCUGUCACAGAGCGUCCUAAAGAGCUCCACGAGGGGAAGAGACCACGGCAAAGUCUGGGAGCGUAUCUGGAAGCUGUUUGUAAAACCUGCAGAGAGCUGCUGAGCUCUGGCUUCUACAAAAUAAGAAUGAAGAGACGCAAGUGUCCCUACAAAUGUCCCUCACGAAGGAAGAUCCUGAUCCUGUGUGUUACAGGGUGGCUGAUUGCACUGCUGAAGCUCCUCCAUGUUGAAAGACACUUUUUUCCCUCUAAGGGCAUUUAUUUGGUUGAGCACUUCUUGAGCACUUCUUCUUACGUUAGAAACAGGUAUUCUUACCUUAGAAAUGAGUUCAAAUAUGAAAUUAAUUGUUCAUCUAUAUACGAACAAGAUCCCCAUGAAAUUGGCAAGAGUUUAGAGAUAAGAAGAAAAGAGAUAAUUGAUUUAGCUGACGAAGAUGUCAUAGCAAUGACAAGUGUUUGCCAUGUGUAUCGUUCACUUAGGAAAUACCACCUAAAACCUGUUUCUCCGGAGGAGGAGGGUUUUCCAGUUGCCUAUUCUUUGGUUGUUCACAAAGAUGCAGUGAUGGUAGAGAGGCUCAUACAUUCACUGUACAGUCAUCAAAAUAUUUACUGCAUCCAUUAUGACCAAAAAGCAGCAAAAAAUUUCAAAGCUGCUAUGAACAAUCUAGCUAAAUGUUUCCCCAAUAUUUUCAUUGCGUCAAAAUUGGAGACAGUGGACUAUGCACAUAUUUCACGGCUGCAAGCAGAUUUCAAUUGUUUGUCUGAUUUGAUGGCUUCUUCAGUUCCCUGGAAGUAUGUCAUUAAUUUGUGUGGCCAAGACUUCCCUUUGAGGUCAAACUUCGAGUUGGUCACUGAACUGAAGAAACUCGGUGGAGGAAACAUGCUGGAAACUAUAAAGCCAAGCAGUAGCAAAAAAGAACGAUUCACCUAUCACUAUGAACUUAUGAAGGUGCCUUAUGAAUACAUGCAGAUGCCUGUAAAAACCAACAUUUCCAAGAAUCCGCCACCUCACGAUAUUGAAGUAUUUGUAGGCAGUGCCUAUUUUGUUUUAAGCCGAGCAUUUGUUCAAUAUACCCUUGAAAGCUCUCUUGCAAAAGAUUUUUUCGAGUGGUCAAGGGAUACAUACUCUCCAGAUGAACAUUUCUGGGCCACUCUCGUACGUGUUCCUGGCGUCCCUGGGGAAGUUCCAAGGUCAGCCCAGGACAUAACAGACCUACAAAGCAAAACUCGUCUGGUGAAAUGGAAUUAUCUUGAAGACCAUUUGUAUCCUCCCUGCACUGGUACCCACCUUCGCAGUGUCUGCAUCUAUGGGGCCGCAGAAUUAAGAUGGCUUCUGAAUUAUGGUCACUGGUUCGCCAACAAGUUUGACUCCAAAGUAGAUCCUGUCCUGGUAAAGUGCUUGGCAGAAAAACUGUCAGAACAACAGAAAGAGUGGGUAUAUUUGUCCUCUGAUAAAUACUUCCUGCACAUAAAUUCUAUGAAUGCCUCGCUAUAGCAGCACUGUCUUCCCUGCUGUCAGUACUGUGUACUGUUACAGCACAGCACCUGCAGUUCCUCUGCCUUGACUUGCUGCAGGAUGUUAGUGAGUAGAAGUGUCCAUUCUGCAUGAAGUUCAGGGCCCUGGAGAGCCAGGUGCCUGGUCAUUUAUUUAUGAAAGGUCAUGCCUCUCUGAUUAACUGUUUUGUAACUUGCCACAAUAAUCCUGUAAUUGUUCUUCAGGGUGAUUCUGAGAGGGUGAGGUUUGCUUUUGGAGGUGCUGGCACUGUCUAUCCCAAUGGAGUAUUUCAGAAAUGUGUUUUACAUCAAGUGUGUUUGCAUCUUUCCUAAGAAACUCCAAUGUGUCUGUCUGCCUGUCCCCUUCUCCUUCACUUUUGUUUUUCUUAAAAGUAUGAAACAAAGACCUCCGUAUCUGCUACCUCAGGAAAACUGGAAGUGCCCAGCUCGUGGACAAAACCAAGAGAUCAGCAUGACACCAAAUGAGCCAUGUGGCCUCAACUGCAGUCCCAAACUUCCCAUCUGUGGGAGCUGACAAAGAUCUUUGCAAUGUGAAUAUGACUGGAUGAUAUAAGGGAAAGAAGAUCCGCAUUUUCCAUAGAAUCAUUCUCUUCUCCCAGCUCAUCUGUGUGUUGCUUUUCCUUCUGUGAAGUGUGUGCUCAGGUGCCAUGCCAUGCCUAUGAAAUCAGUGAUGGUCGAUUGAAACAGAAUUAUGCACUGUUCCUCAAAGGCAGUUUACAAGCGUGCCCUAAGGGCAGUCUCUGCAGCCCCUUUGAGUAGAUAUCCAUGCCAAAAGAGGUCAAUCUUCAUUUCUAUCUCUACCUGUAGAAAUAUUCUCCUGUGAAAUCCCAGUCCUCCCGAGACAGUAUGUCCACACAGAGUGGAUAACAAGUGCUAUUUCUAGUUAGCGUUCCACAUUGUGGUGCUAUGUUGAAAUGCAAAACAUGCAAAGUCAAGCAGAAAUCAUAAAUAUAGUCAUAUUGCCAAAACAAAGACCCUGUGUAGAAAUGUCUUUUUGUGCAAGUCUCAUGGCCUUGCACCACCAUGAUCCCAACCGCUCUGACGGGUGCCUGAGCAAGCCCUGGUUCAUCUGUAGAGCAACUGUUCUCCAACAGCCUCUGCUUCCCAUUGCCCUGCCAGGCCUCCUGGCAGUGAAGUCACCUGGGAGCCUCCUCGCAGCUGGGCUCUCACAGAUUUCUUGUGAGAUCUCAGACAAAUCAGCUGAGUUUUCUUUCAGCUGUUCCAGCUGUAAAAUGGGAAAAACUAUGUUCUAUUAUCUUGCUAAGCACUUCAAAACCUAUGGCUGUUGUGGGCUGGCUGCACAGUACUAAUUGCUUAUCAAACUAUUUAUGGAGUCUGUGGGCACACAGAUCAAAUAGUGGGCUGGUUGCACAGUACUAAUUGCUUAUCAAACUAUUUAUGGAAUCUGUGAGCACACAGAUCAAAUAUUUCCUUGAUGUACUGUUUCUGAAAUAAAUGGGGAUUAUUUGUAAAGUGUGUGUUACUUACUUCAGUGACUUGCCAUAUCUGCUCAGGGUUGUCAUGACUUGAUGUGAUUUAUAGACACACUGUAGAAAAUGUAAUAUUGACAGUAUUUACAGAUUCAUUCAUCAGUACUUGUAUGUAGAGUCCUCAUGUGGAAAAAGCUUAAUAAAAUAAGAUGUUAGGAUCCCAGAGGGCCAAGCCACAGCCUUCUGGACACAUAAAUUGAUGUUUAAUGAUAUAUUUAGAAGUUUUUAUUUAGAUAAACUGGCUUUAUGUAUGUAUAUACACACAUCCCCAUUUGUGUUUAAUUUGAGUGGUUUGCUCUACCGUAAAUGUAUUAAAAAAAUCCACCAGCACAUUAAACUUAACUGAAGUAAAUAAUUUUAA